AUGGUGAGCAGCCAUAGCACUGAACACGCUGCUGAACGAGGAGUUGAGGAUGCUGCGACUGGCAAACUGGAAGAAUUUGAGGAAAACCUUAACUCCACCAAUAUGACUCAUUUCGCCUAUGGGAUCGCUGCAAAUAUGGUUGCUGUGCUGUUGUAUGGAAGCAAUUUUGUACCUGUAAAAAGGAUAGAAACAGGAGAUGGGAUGUUUUUCCAAUGGGUAAACUGUGCAGCCAUAUGGGUAGUAUCUAUGGUUGGACACGUGAUACUACAGACACCUAAAUUCUACCCUCUUGCAAUGCUUGGAGGUGCGAUCUGGGCUACAGGGAAUAUAACAGUCGUUCCGAUCGUGAAAGCAAUCGGCCUUGGCCUUGGGGUUUUAAUUUGGGGAUCCUCUAGCUUGUUGAUGGGCUGGGCCAGUUCAAGGUUUGGUUGGUUUGGGAUCACUGCCCAACAUGUCUCUAGGCCAAUAUUAAAUUACUGUGGAGCCGGAUUGUGUCUGCUCAGUGGGCUGAUCUUUUUCUUUGUCAAAACGGACGUGGAGCUGCAUCCCAAUUCAGAAUCGAUUCCAUUGCUUAUAGACAGGAGAACAAAUUCAGGCAGCUGUGGACCAAGUUCUUCAGAGUUCUGGAUAGACUUCAUCGGACCGAAGACCAGGCGGUUAAUAGGCUGCCUGCUUGCUUUUGUGUCAGGCCUGAUGUAUGGGUCCUCCUUUACACCCAUCCUCUACAUUAAGAGCCAUUCAUUGUGUCAGGACAGUAUGUUCCAUGGAGCCAGCAUCUACGACCUCGACUAUGUUUCUGCGCAGUGCUCUGGCAUUUUUGUUGCCAGCACAGUGUAUUUUGCCAUCUACUGUGUUGCUAUGAAGAACAGGCCCAGGGUCUACUCCAGAGCCAUCCUACCAGGUCUAUUGUCUGGAUUGAUGUGGGCAUUGGGCACAUACUGCUGGUUUCUGGCUAAUACCUACCUGAGUGCAGUCAUUACCUUUCCUAUUGUCACUGCAGGAUACGGUCUGGUUGCAGCAUUGUGGGGAUCCUUGGGUUUCAAAGAGAUUAGGGGGUUCGGCAACUGCGUCAUCUUCAUCUUGGCAUCUUGUGUUGUGCUGACUGGCUCGUUGAUGACCGCCGUCUCAAAGCUCUGA